AUGCAGGAUGUUUUCCCAAGUACACCUGAGCAAUUCCGGAACGUUUUGUUGGCUGAUGAUUCCACUUAUACUAAUGAGUACAGAUCUGCAAGGAAGGAUAAGAAUCUUAAUAUUGAGCCUUGGCACACUGCUGAAGAAUAUGAUGGUCAAGUUAGAGAGAUUAAGUUCAGAUCGAUUUGUAAUAGUCCUAUGUGUCCACCAGACACUGCUGUAACAGAAUGGCAGCACGUUGUUCUAUCACCAGAUAAGAAAACGCUGGUUUUUGAAACUGUGCAACAGCCGCAUGAUGUUCCUUUUGGUUCUUACUUUGAGGUCCAUUGUCGAUGGCGAUUGGAAGUGAAAGAGGAGACUUCCUCUGUACUAGAUGUAAGAGUUGGUGUACAUUUCAAGAAAUGGUGCUUGAUGCAAUCGAAGAUUAAAUCAGGAGCAAUCGAUGAGUACAAGAAAGAAGUGGAAGUGAUGCUAGAAGUGGCAUUGUCACAUCUUAAGUCACAUUCUUCCUCAAGCAGCGGUGGCGAUACAGAUAAAAACUCUGCUUUGUCGUUGCCUCCAAUACCAGAAAACACAAGCUAAGUCCUAAUUCACCAAAAUCAAAACAGCUUCUCAAUCCAUCCUCUAGUGCAAGUUCUUCUACCAUCAACUUUUCAGCUUGUUUACAUGUCAGAAUGUAUAUGACUGCCGUAACUAUAUGUUAGGAUGGAUGAUUACAGGGGCUUGUCUGAUUUAUCAUACUUGUGACAAAUUUGCAAAGAAAUGAAAAGUAUUAAGUUCUCUCUGUA